GCUUUGACGUUGCUCAGCCCUUGCUAGGUGAUUGGCGAGCUAAGAUGGCGGCGCCAGAGGAGCCAGAAUUAUCGCAGGCUCAGACCGAAAAACUCCUCCAAUUUCAGGACCUCACUGGUUUGGAAUCUAUUGACCAAUGUCGACGCACAUUAGAGCAGCAUAACUGGAAUAUUGAGGCUGCAGUACAAGACAGGCUCAACGAGCAGGAAGGAGUGCCCAGUGUUUUUAACCCUCCACCACCUAGACCAUUACAGGUCAACACAGCAGACCACAGAGUAUAUAGUUAUAUUGUCUCCAGGCCACAACCUAGGGGCUUGCUAGGAUGGAGUUAUUACUUGAUAAUGCUACCUUUCAGAUUUACAUAUUACACACUUCUGGACAUAUUCAGGUUUGCACUGCGAUUCGUGAGGCCGGACCCCCGUGGUCGUGUUACAGACCCAGUUGGGGAUGUUGUUUCCUUUAUUCAUAGUUUUGAGGAGCAGUACGGGCGCUCACAUCCUGUUUUUUACCAGGGAACGUACAGCCAGGCAUUAAAUGAUGCCAAACGGGAGCUCCGCUACCUCUUAGUCUACCUUCAUGGAGACGAUCAUCAAGACACUGAUGAGUUUUGUCGCUCCACAUUGUGUACAGAAGAGAUAGUAACCUUCGUCAACACCCGAAUGCUGUUCUGGGCCUGCUCGACAAGCAAGCCUGAGGGCUACAGAGUGUCUCAAGCAUUGCGGGAGAACACGUAUCCAUUCCUGGCCAUGAUCAUGUUGAAGGACCGCAAGAUGACGGUCGUCGGUCGCCUCGAGGGUCUCAUCCAGCCUGAGGACUUUGUCAAUCAGCUCACAUUCAUCAUGGAGGCCAACCAAACAUAUCUGAUGUCCGAGCGCCUUGAACGGGAGGAGAGAAGCCAGACUCAAGUGCUCAGACAGCAGCAAGACGAGGCGUACCAGGCAUCCCUCCGAGCCGACCAGGAAAAGGACCGAAAGAAACGGGAGGAGGAGGAGCAACGCAGGCAAGAAGAGGAGAAGGUCCGGCAGUGCGCGCUCGCUGAGGAGAGAAGACGACGGACGCUGGAAGAGGAAAAGGAGAGAAAAUCCGAGUGUCUUCCGCCAGAGCCGCUUGUGGAUGAUCCGGAAAGUGUCAAAAUAGUUUUCAAGCUGCCCAAUGACACGCGCGUAGAACGACGAUUCCUCUUCGGGCAGUCUCUUACAGUAAUCUACGAUUUCCUGUUCUCGUUGAAAGAAAGCCCGGAGAAGUUUCAAAUCGUCACCAAUUUCCCCCGCCGGGUACUGCCCUGCCUUCCAAGCGAUGAGCAGCCCUACCCUCCCACGUUGAAAGAAGCCGGACUGAGCCGCUCUGAGGUCCUUUUUGUUCAGGAUCUUACGGACGAUUAAAAAAACGAGCAAAAACAAAACAGAGACCUCAUGCCUCCAAUGCUCAUUCAUACCUGCCCACCCUUUCUCCUUUUUUUUAUUUAAUGGCCACUAUGGGAUCAUUAAGUUAAAAUGUCGGAUAAGGUCACGUUCCCCUGAAGUGGCCAUUGCCCACCUGUGUUCACAGGGUUCCCAAUAGCCUGGAAAGUCUUGAAUUUUCUUCUUUGAGCCCUUUUCAUUCGCAGGUCUCAACUUGUGUAUCAGCUGCCUGUUUGUUGUCUUUAGCCACGACUGUAGUCGUCUUGCAACAAGUAGCUGAGUCUCGUGACACAUGACCAAAAUGACCAUAGAGCAUCUAUUAAUCACUCGGAUACAAAGGAUUUUUUUUUUCCUUGGCUUUGUUGUAAUAUUUCGACUUGUUUGGCAGAUUGGACUCCCCACCCCCCCACCCAAAUGAGGACUCAGAUGAAGAUUUUUUUUUUUUUUCAAGGUUUAAACUAUGGGAACCCUGUUCUGUAUGACAUAAACAAGUUAGGUGUUCAUAAACCUGGAAUCCCUUCCUGACUUAUCUGUGUCAUCUGGUGACCAGAUGCAUGUUGACAGUGCAAAGCAGGCUGAAGUUCAGUUUCACGAGAGGCCACAUUUUUUUUUCCUUCCAUGUGGCAUGCUCUCAUAGUCUGCUGUCACUCAAUUGUUUUGCUUGUUAACAUUCAAAAAAGCUCUUGUAAAGGUGUAAUUUCCCCAAAUAUAAAUUAAAAAAGAACAAUUUAAAUGUGGGUUUAUUGAACAUUAUUGCACUGUAAAAAAAAAAUGAACUAAUAAUUUGAAUUAGAAAUAACUCAUAUUUUUUAAGUUUUAAGUAUUCCUAACUCAUGUCUAUCUAUUAAUGUCAACUUGAUUAAAUGAGACGAAUGAAGUUGCUUGAUCAAGUUUGUGGGCCGUACUUAAUUUUCUGAGCGAAAUGAUAGGUUGUGUGAACUUAGCCAUAGCCUCAUUCCCAAUGCCUUUCAGCGGGCAAGUGACUUUUUUUGGUAAACGGCAACAAAAAAACAGCCUCAAAAUGGACGCCAGGUUUUAAUUAUUACUUCACCUAAUGAGGUUAAUAAGGACCAGAACCCUGUGAAAAACUGCAAAUUAGCGGGGGAGGUAUAUACAUAUAUACAGUGGGGCAAAUAAGUAUUUAGUCAACCACUAAUUGUGCAAGUUCUCCCACUUGAAAAUAUUAGAGAGGCAUGUAAUUGUCAACAUGGGUAAACCUCAACCAUGAGAGAAUGUGGGAAAAAAAACAGGAAAUCACAGUUUGAUUUUUAAAGAAUUUAUUUGCAAAUCAUGGUGGAAAAUAAGAAGUCAAUACCAAAGGUUCAUCUCAAUACUUUGUUAUGUACCCUUUGUUGGCAAUAACAGAGGCCAAACGUUUUCUGUAACUCUUCACAAGCUUUUCACACACUAUUGCUGGUAUUUUGGCCCAUUCCUCCAUGCAGAUCUCCUCUAGGGCAGUGAUGUUUUGGGGCUGUCGUUGGGCAACACCUACUUUCAACUCCCUCCACAGAUUUUCUAUGGUUUUGAGAUCUGGAGACUGGCCAGGCCACUCCAGGACAUUGAAAUGCUUCUCACAAAGCCACUCCUUUUUGCCCUAGCUGUGUGUUUGGGAUCAUUGUCAUGCUGAAAGACCCAGCCACGUCUCAUCUUCAAUGCCCUCGCUGAUGGACGAUUUUCACUCAAAAUCUCCUGAUAUAUGGCCCCAUUUAUGCUUUCCUUUACACAGAUCAGUACUUUGGGUCCCUUUGCAGAAACACAGCCCCAAAGCAUGAUUUUUCCACCCCCAUGCUUCACAGUGGGUAUGGUGUUCUUCGGAUUCAAUUGAGUAUUCUUUCUCCUCCAAACACGAGAACCUGUGUUUCUACCAAAAAGUUCUAUUUUGGUUUCAUCUGACGAUACCACAUUCUCCCAGUCCUCUUCUGGAUCAUCCAAAUGCUCUUUAUCUUACCGCAGACGGGCCUGAACGAGUACUUUAUUUAGCAGGGCAACACGCAGGGCCGGAGUGGAACUCAUUUUCGGCCCUGGAAUUUCAUGCCUCAGACCGGCCCACUCAUUUAAAAUUAUGUCAUUAUGCAUAGACGUGUUAAGUUCAGUGUUCUCUAAAGCUGUGUACUGUAAUUCUGUGUAUUCCAAUUCAGUGCAGGUAAUGGUUGUUUAACAAGGUGGCUUUAUUUUAAUAAGUGCAACACAACAUAUUUUGAACAAAUUUAAAAAUGGAUUUAAAAAAAAAACUAUAUUAAAUGAUACAUUUGGAAAAUAAAUUAGGCCUGUCAAACGAUUAAAAUUUUUGAUCGAGUUAAUUACAGCUUGAAAAUUAAUCGUAAUUAAUCGCAAUUCAAACCAUCUAUAAAAUAUGCCAUAGUUUUCUGUAAAUUAUUGUUGGUAUGGAAAGAUAAGACACAAGAUGGAUAUAUACAUUCAACAUAAGGUACAUAAGGACUGUAUUUGUUUAUUAUAACAAUAAAUCAACAAGAUGGCAUUAACAUUAUUAACAUUCUGUUAAAGCGAUCCAUGGAUAGAAAGACUUGUAGUUCUUAAAAGAUAAAUGUUAGUACAAGUUAUAGAAAUUUUAUAUUAAAACCCCUCUUAAUGUUUUCGUUUUAUUAAAAUUUGUAAAAUUUUCAAUCAAAAAAUAAACUAGUAGCCCGCCAUUGUUGAUGUCAAUAAUUACUUACACAAUGCUCAUGGGUGCUGAAGCCUAUAAAAUCAGUCGCACCCAAGCGCCAGCGGAGGGCGGCAAAACUCCAUAAAACACAAUUAACAAGUGGGCAUGUCAUUGUACUGUCAUUUAAAUCUGUCUGAGCAGGGCAUGUGCGUUAAUUGCGUCAAAUAUUUUAACGUGAUUCAUUAAAAAAAUUAAUUACCGCCCGUUAACGCAUUAAUUUUGACAGCCCUAAAAUAAAUGAAUAAAUAAGACCUUUUCUGCAACAUCAAAUAUUAAGAAAAUGAGUGUUUACAGAUAAAACAAACAUAGCAACAUAACAAUAUGAAAAAUAAAGAAUACGUAUUGCACAUUGUAACAACUUCUAAUGAUACUAUUAUCCAUUUUCCAUUUCCACUUUAAAAACGCCACGUAAUUGAAUAUAUUCAUUCUAAUGUUCACUCGCUGAACGACAUGGCAAUCCUACCUUCCAGCUCUGCACCUGUGGUGUGUUCAUUAUGGCUAAUGCUUGCUGCUACAUAUCCCUUGUGAGGUGCUACAAGAAGCCAAAGUUUCCACAAUUACAUAUUGUCGUAUCACACGGUGCAAGUUGCAUUUUAUUCGCCAUCCGGCCUUACCACUUUCGUUGUAAUCCUCUGUAGUUUGAGGCCGCAAGGUCGUUGCAUGAAAAAAAUUAGCUAUUUUCGCGCAUUUUGCCGAUUCUUUCACGAGUGCUUUUCUCUUUUUAAUUCUUAAUUUUCAGCGCCACCCUUGCUCUUUUUAUCCAUCCGAGCACCGAGAUAGCAGCUAAUUUGGCUCAAUACAGACUACAAUUAGGGGGCGGAGCUGCAUGCUGUAUUUUUCGUCUGCACACGUGAGGAUGAGUCUGGGAAAAAAAAUAAUAGUUUUUUUUUUUUUUAAGACUGCCCACAGGGACAGCGGUAACAGAAUGUAAGUUAUACUCAGUGACACUGUCAUAAAUAAAUACCAAACAAAAAAUGAUAACAGUGUAAUUUUUUUUUUUUUUUUUUUUUAAUAAAACCCGGACCGGCCCAUCUGGCCAGCCGGCCCUUCUGGAAUCGUCCAGAAGCUCCCGAUUAGUCACUCCGGGCCUGGCAACACGUAUGGCAGUGCAGGAUUUGAGUCCCUGGCAGCGCAUUGUGUUACUGAUAGUAGCCUAUGUUACUGUGGUCCCAGCUCUCUGUAGGUCAUUCACUAGGUCCCCCCGUGUGGUUCUGGGAUUUUUGCUCACCGUUCUUGUUGUCAUUUUGACGCCACGGGGUGAGAUCUUGCAUGGAGCCUGAGAUCGAGGGAGAUUAUCAGUGGUCUUGUAUGUCUUCUAUUUUCUAAUAAGUGCUCCCACAGUUGAUUUCGUUACACCAAGCGUUUUAUCUGUUGCAGAUUCAGUCUUCCCACCCUGGUGCAGGUCGACAAUUUUGUCUCUGGUGUCCUUCGACAGCUCUUUGGUCUUGGCCAUAGUGGAGUGUGACUGACUGAGGUUGUGGACAGGUAUCUUUUAAAACAGGUGCCAUUAAUACAGGUAAUGAGUGGAGCGUCGUUAGACCUAGUUAGAAGUUAGACCUCUUUGACAGCCAGAAAUCUUGCUUGUUUGUAGGUGACCAAAUACUUAUUUUCCACUCUAAUUUGGAAAUAAAUUCUUUAAAAGUCAAACAAUGUGAUUUUCUGUUUUUUUUUUUCCACAUUCUGUGUCUCAUGGUUGAGGUUUACCCAUGUUGACAAUUACAGGCCUCUAAUCUUUUCAAGUAGGAGAACUUGCACAAUUGGUGGUUGACUAAAUACUUAUUUGCCCCACUAUAUAUAUAUUUUUUUGUGUUCAAUGUAUUUAUUCAGAUUUAACAUUGGAAAGAGAUACAUGUAAGACAUGGUUUUUCACUAGUUUUCCUUAAGUAUCAGAAAAAAUGUAUAUAUUCUAAUGUUUUUUUAAACACUUCAAAUGAAAUGUUUCAAACAUAUAACUGUCCCACCGAAUUAUUUUUAAACAAGAAUAAAGUAAUAGGAAAACGCUUGGCUUUUUUAAAUGCUUCAUUGCGUCCGCUCAAGCGAGUGAGUUGCCACAGCAACAGUUUAACAAGUUAAACGAUAAUUGACGCAUGCGGCGCAUUCGAAGUUCGUGACUGGCAGGAUCACAAACAAACAUCGGUCCAUCACUGUUAAAUAAGCUACUCCAUUGCACGUGCACUACCUGACGAACAAAGAGCAGGGAGAGGGAGGGGGCAAGAGUGAGACUACGCGAUCGGCUUGGGACAGCUCAUCAAUUUUUUUUUUAAUUGGAAAAAAAGUGAUGGACUGAAGGCGUGAAGUUUGAAGCGCGAAGUAGCGAGGGAUCACUGUACAGUGGUACUUCUACGUACAAACGUCUACGUACGGAAUUUUCAGACUAAGACUCCACAACGGGGAAAUAUUGCCUCUUGUUCAGAAAUUUCAGGAUACGAAAGCCAAAAAUACAGUAUGGCUGGCAGCUCCCAGAGUUUACUGAACGUAACAUACUUAUAGCUGCUCUGCCACUAGAGGUGGGUAGAGUAGCCCAAAAUUAUACUGAAGUAAGAGUAGCAUUUCUUCAAAAUAAACUACUAUUGUAAAUAUAAUAUAAAUUAUAUAUUUAUAUAAUAACACAAAUUUAUGUCAUCCAAAAAAUCUACAUAAGUACAAGUUAAAAAAGUACUGGAAUAUGAAUGAGGUGAAUGAUGAAUAGCCAAUAAAUAAAAUGAAAGUUGUGAGAAAAUGCUUAUUUUUGUUUGAUUUUUUCUAUCUCUCAGCACAAACUUAAAUAUGAAAUGUUGUUAUAAUGAUACUGUACAAUAACCCAUUGCAUAACCAUGUUGUCAAAAAAAAAAAAAAAAAUUCAGGCGAGGAUUAAAAAAAAUAAAUAAAUAAACAAACCAUAAUUCAUCCAAAGAGCAUGACGGACCUCUAGUGAAGAAAAUAAUUCCUAGUUUGAGUAGUGAAACGUUUUUUAAUAGUGUUUUUGUGUCGUGUCUUUUGUAGUGCAGUGUUUUGUAAAAAAAAAAAAAAUGUGAAAACCGCGAAUGCCGCAAAAAGCGGGGGUAUACAGUAAAAUUUUAUUCGCUGUAUUCCCUCGUUUUUUUUAGGUUUUUAGUCUAAUCGUGAAAACCGCGGAAAGCGGGGAACCUGCUUCGCAGUGUUCGCGCUUUUCAUAAAAAUGCGAAAAAGCGAAAAUCGGGGGAAUACAGUGAAAAAAAAAUGUUUUCCCUCGUUUUUCACAGUGUUUGCGUUUUUCAUAAUACAGAAUAUUUGUCAAAUGAUAAUGAUCAUUUAGUUGUUUGCAAAUGUAAUGAGUGUUGUGUAGGCCAAAGUAGCGGAGUAAAACUAGCGUUUUCUAAGUAAAAAAAGUAUAGCUUAAGUAAAACUACACUGAGAAGUACAUCUUUCUCAAAAAGUUAUUCAAGUAAAUGUAACAGAGUACAUGGAACGCGUUACUACCAGUCUUGUGGCGUUAGAAUAUAACGGCGUUAUUUUCGUCAGUAGUGAGUAAUCUAAUUAAUUAAUCUUCUCAUUUUGGCAAGGCUGUUACCGUUACUAAGGCCGGAAAGGAGUGCGUUACUAUGCGUUACUGUGUUGGUUGACUGACGCGAGAAAAGUCUGAGAAAGACGGACUCACGGAGACAAGAGAGCAGAGCAGGAGUGUGGAGGAGGCAAGGGAGUGUGACGCCGUUGCAAACGCGAAGCUACUAUGCUCCAAUAGCACCUGACUGUAGCACAGUACUUCUCAAAUAGUGGGGCGUGCCCCCCCAGAGGGGCCCAGAGCGAUGCCAGGGGUGGCGCAUGUGACCUCGG